AUGGAAAUGGAAGCUAAAGCACUAAAAGAUAGUUUGCAAGCAGCGGGAGUGAUAGCCUCACGACCAGCACCUCAGCCACCUACAUCUAGUCACACCUUAGGUUCAAUCGCUACAGCUCCCAUGAUUUCAAAAUCAGAACGGCAAUUAAAGUUCGUUUUAGAAGAUCUUAGCAAGACUAUUGACAAAUUUUUGGGAAAUAAGAUUCCAAAAGUCUUCCUUCUGGAAAGUGCCAAAGAAACUAAAAUGAUGUAUCGCAAUUAUUUAGGAGAAUGUGACGAGAAUUGUUUAGAAGAUUUAUUUCUCAACGUAAGUUUUAAACUCGAUGAGGCUUUGGACUUCGCUCCUGAAGAUAAAAAAACGCAGAAUGAAAAUCUGCCCUACACACUGCCAAAAAUAGAUAUUCCGGUAUUCUCUGGAGACUAUAUUCAGUGGAACACGUUUAGAGAAUUGUUUUCCCAAUUAAUAGGUUCAGCCAGUAUCUCGGAUACACAGAAAAUGAUUUGCUUGAAAUCAAAGCUAAGAGGGGAAGCGGCAAUGACGAUCGCGAACCUACCAGCAAAUGCAGAAAACUAUCCAAUUGCUUGGAACCUCUUGGAUAAUAAAUAUACCAACUUGAGAGCGCAAACUGCCAUUCAUUUUUCGAACAUAAUGGGGGCACCCUAUACGACUGAAAAUCUAGAAAGUGUAAAACGAUUGAAAGAAGUGAUUGAGGAAAAUUUGCAAGCUCUAAAAGCAACAAAAUUGAGUUCUGAAAGUAUACUGCAAGGCCUUUUAAGUUUCAUUUUAGUACGAAAAAUGAGUAAUGAUUUAAGAUUGAAGUAUGAAACUUCACUUCAGAACUCACGAGAAAUACCCAUUGUUGACUCAUUGGUGAAAUUUUUAAAUCAUGAGUUUUAUGCACUGCAAGCAGUACAAAAAUCAUCAAAAAAGGAUGGGUCAUCCAAAUGGGAUGACCAUAUUAAAGAAUUGGCAAACAAAAAGGAAAUCGAAUGCAUCAUGGGAUGUAAUAAUCGACAUUUCCUUUUUCAAUGCACAAAAUUUAAAGACCUUACCAUUAAAGAAAAAUGGGAAAAGGUUAGAAAAAAUAACUUAUGCUCGAAAUGUUUAAAAAAUGGACAUUCGAGUAAAAAUUGCAAUGGGUAUAAUUGUCGUAUAUGUAAUGAAGGUCAUAGCACAUUCUUACACAAAGUUAGUAAUGAAAAAGGUGCAGUGACAAAAAGUACCAUUAAGCAAGGAUGCGAAAAUUCAGAAAAAUGCAUUUUGUUAGCUACAGCGGUUGUUUAUAUCCAAGAUGCCAAAGGCAAAUGGAUCAAAGGCAGAGCGCUUCUUGAUAGCGGAUCUCAAGUAAAUUUGAUGUCAAAAUCGUUCCUAAAGAAAUUAAGACUUAAGGGCGAAGCAAUUAAAUCGGCAGCGAUAGAAGGUGUUGGCAAAACACGUUCAAAAAUUGAAGAACGGGUAAAUAUAAAAAUUAAGUCCAGAAUGCCUAUGAGCAAUUUCGAAACAAAUCUAGACGUACUAAUAGCGCAGGAAUUAAUGUCCAAAUUGCCGGCAGAAGAAGCCAUUAUUAAAAAGAUUCCAAAUAACAUUGAAUUAGCUGAUCCAAAUUUUAAUGUUCCUAAGGAAGUGGACAUAUUAAUAGGUUACGAAUUAACCUAUGGGGAUCUCUUUGAAGGAGAAAAAAUUUCAUUGAAUGAAAAUAAUUUAAUAGCCCACAAAACCAAAUUGGGUUGGGUUAUUACAGGAGCUGCAAUGAUUAAUAGAGCCCCAUACAUUUGCAGUUUGGCCUCUUUUUCCGAGCCCACAAUAGAAAACCAAAUAAAACAGUUUUGGGAAAUUGAGGAAGAUAUGGAAAAAGACAAAAAAUUUUCAAAGGAGGAGGAAGACUGUCAAACUAUUUUUACAAAAACCACAACCAGAAAAGUGGAUGGGAAGUUCGGAGUAAACCUCCCCUUUAAAGGAGACAUUGAACAAUUAGGAAAUUCAGAGAUUACUGCUAAAAGAAGGUUCUUAGCUAUGGAAAAGAAAUUGGAGAAAAACUAUGAAGUAAAGUCACAGUAUCAUGAAUUUAUGAAGGAGUAUAUAAAAUUAAAUCAAAUGGAGGCUCUAGCCACUCCAAACCAACUUCAGUUCAAAUGUUAUUUACCUCAUCAUUAUGUACUGAAGCCAGAUAGCACUUCUACAAAAUUGAGAGUAGUUUUUGAUGCAUCUGCAAAAACUACUACAAAUAUAUCAUUAAAUAAUUUAUUACAUACGGGGCCAAGGCUACAAGAUGAUUUAUUUGAUAUUCUGAUGCGUUUCAGAAAACACAAAUUUGUAAUAUCAGCAGACAUUGAGAAAAUGUUCAGACAAAUUUGGGUAAACGAAGAACAUCAAAAUUUCCAACUAAUUUACUGGAGGUGGAAGCCAUCGGAGGCUCUAAAGACAUACAGAUUAAAAACUGUUACUUAUGGCACUGCGAGUGCACCUUACUUAGCAGUAAAAUGUCUACAAACAGCAGCAGAAGAUAAUAAAGAUAAAUUUCCAACAGCUUCACAAUGCAUUCAGUCAGACUUUUAUAUGGACGAUUUGAUGACAGGUUGUGAUAAUCUAACUGAGCUAAAAAAUAUGCAGCAACAAAUAAUUCAUAUAUUAAAUUCAUAUGGAUUCAAAUUGAGAAAAUGGUGUGCUAAUCAUCCGAGUUUGUUGAACGAAAUUCCUAGCGAAGAUCGAGAAAUUAAAUUAGAUAUAACAUCUAAUAAAGCUGAGAAUAUAAAAGCCCUAGGAAUCGCUUGGAAUCCAGCUAAAGAUGACAUCUCAAUAAAAUCUUAUUUAGAAACUGACUACAAAAUUACAAAGCGCCAAAUACUUUCUGAUAUUGCGAAACUAUUUGAUCCUUUAGGUCUUUUGAGUCCAGUUGUAGUGGUGGCAAAAUUGAUACUACAACAAAUAUGGAAAGAAAAAAUCGACUGGGAUCAAGCCGUUACAGGAGAUCCUGGGUACAUUUAA